AUGCAGCUACGACUCCAGCAGGUCCAACAGGCUCAACAGGACGAAAGCCGGUCCAAGGGUAACCUGGAGGGAGAAGGGGAUAGCCACAGGAGGGGUACUCCUCAAAGGCCAACCACUCCGGACGAACAGAACUCAGAUCUUCUUCAAGAAAUGAGGAAAGAGAUGAACGAACUAAGGAGCGCUAUCAAAGAGAAGACGGAUCGGAGCGUAGACAAAAUGGUAAGGGCUACGGAUUCGCCUUUCACCGUAACGGUACUUGAAUGCCCUGUACCGUCAAAGUUUCGCUUACCUCAACUAGAGCCGUUCGACGGACUCAAGGACCCUCAAGAUCAUCUUAAUACCUUCAAGACGACUCUGGGUCUUCAACAACCACCUGACGAGAUACUGUGUCGUUCCUUCCCAACCACUCUCAAAGGAGCUGCAAGAGAAUGGUUCACGAAGUUACAGACCUCGUCCAUAGACAACUUUGACCAAUUAAGUAGUGCCUUCUUGCAUCAUUUCAUAGGGGGGCAACAUCCAAAAAGGCUGGUAGACUACUUACUCACCAUAACGCAGGGAGAGAAGGAAACUCUGAGGUCAUAUGUCAAACGAUUCACUCGGGAGACUCUGGAGGUGGACGAAGCCGAUGACAAAGUGCAGCUGACGACCUUCAAAGCAGGGCUGAGGUCCAGAGAUCUUAUGGCCUCCCUCGCAAAGAAUCCACCAAAGACGAUGGCGGAAAUGCUCCUGAAGGCACAGAAGUAUAUGAAUGCUAAAGAUGCUUUAGCUGCCAUAAAGGAUGCCGAAAAGCCAGGCGACAAGGCCAAGAGGGAAGACGAUCGCAGGGGGCAGAAGAGAGAUCGACUAGAUCGUCGGAACAACGACGGGAACAGGAGGAAAGAUGACAAAAGUCCUCGGACGGUAAGAUUUACCCCUUUGGCCAUGCCUGUUGACAAGAUUUUCACACAGAUCAAGGACGAGCAUUAUCUCAAAUGGCCCAGACCAUUGCACUCAUCCCCUAAUGUCCGCAACAAGAACAAGUACUGCCGGUUCCACAAAGAUCACGGCCAUAACACGGAAGACUGCAGGGACCUAAAGGAGCAAAUAGAGGAGUUGAUACGGAAAGGAGAAAUAUGUGAAGAAGGGAGAAUAUAG